GGAGGAGAGGGGGUGGAGAGCAGCAGGGGGGCAGGAGGAGGGAAGGAGGUUGAUAAUCCCGAUGCACAGUUAACACGGGCUGCCCAGAGGGCGUGGGCCCCUCUGCCUGCCCUCUCUUCCCGGCGAGAGGGAACUUGUUGGGGCGCUGAGAGAAGGAAGGAGCGAGAGAGAGAGAGAGAGACGGGGGUGUGGAGAGGGAGUGGUGCCACAGCUGUGGCAGCGAGAGGCAGAAACAGAGGGAGAGGGAGAGAGAGAGGGAGUUCAGUACAGGACCCACCAGGACGGCGGCGCAGCCCCCCGACCAGAGAACAGAGAGAGAGGAGGACGAGUUCGCCGGUGUUUCAAGCCCCCUAGGCAGCCAGCAGGCAGAAGAGAAGAGUCUUGAGCAGCCUGGCACAGGUGUCCAUGAUGUCCGACUCCAGCAAGCCAGUGAUGGUUAGCUCCACCCUCACUUUUAAUGUCUCCGCCCCCUCCUUCUACAAUGCACCAAAGAAGUUUGCUUCUGUGGCUCCGCCCCGCCCCAAACUCUCUUCCACCCAGUCACAGCCUUUGGCCAGUCAUACAUCGGUGGCCAGCACUGCUGUGAUUGGCCGGGUGGGAGAGCUGCCCCCGCCUCCUCCCGCAGUGACAGAAGAAUUCCCUCCCCCUCCUCCACCAUUGGAUGACUCUGACCUGCCAGCCCCACCCCCAGAAUAUCAGACCACGCCCCCCGCGUCCGAGGCCCCGCCCCCUGCUUUUCCAGAACCCCCGCCACCGCCCCCUCCUGAGGACAUCCCGUCACCCACCGGGGCAGAAAGCAGCCUCCCUCCUCCCCCACCUCCUCCUCCUCCGCUCCCUCCAGCCUGCAAUGCUCCGGUGAGUGCACCAGUCUGUCCGUUUUCCAGCUGCCUCCUCCAGUUCGGGGUCUUGGAGGGAGCUGGAGCCUGUACCAGCAAGCAAUGGGAGCAAGGCAGGGUACACCCUGGGUGGGAUGUCAGUCCAUCACGGGCCACACAGACACAAAUUCACACACAGUUUUCCCUCAAGGCUGUUGACCUGCCAGUAUAUUUCUGGACAAUCUCAGAGCCAAGACGGGUUUAAAGCAAGGCUAUGGACGACUGACCCAGUGGUCACACUGUGAUUGAGCAAUUCGAAAAGAUCCAGUGGACAAUCACCCUUCUAAGAACUUUAUAUCAC